GCCAGCGACAGGAGCCGCUCCAGAGCGCCGACAACCGCACCGGUAUUGUUGUUAAAGUCAUUCACUACGAAGAAAAUCAAGAAGAUAGGGGAAAAAAUUGGGAGGAAGAAGCAUGAAAGCAUUCCGAUUGUGCUGUCCAUCGGAACUGGGUUACUCCCCGGGCUGUUCCCUAGUUCCAAGUUACACCGUACAACAUGCAUCCUUCUCACAGUCGAGCAGGGAGUCGGGCGUCAGACCCAUCAAGCAACGGACCAUGUGAUCUCGUAAGUCGUAGGAAUGCUCGUAUGCAGGGGCAGCCAGGCUUGCCCGCGCUUGGGAAACGUACCCAUUGGCCUGCUGCAACUGGGCCCGGCGCUCCCCCAGGCUGCCGUCAACCAUCAAGGAAAGACGGGGUGCGUCUCGCUGCAGCAUGGAUGGCUGACUGUGCCCAAACAAGGGCGGGGAAUAAGCAUCAACGAGGGAUCCCUUUUGGACAGCCCGAUCUCACUGUAGAAGUAACUAGAUGCUCUACGGAUUACGUUCUUCUGCUCCUUCAUGCGUUCUACCGCCAGUUUACAUGGUUCGAUGGACUUCCACGAUGAUAUUGCUGAAUAAGCAUGUUAAAUUUGCCACCGCCUGCCUCUUUCAACAUACUGCCCUUUCAAGGCUCGGAGUCGCUUUCCUGGACUCAUCCGAUGCAGACUGAUCAUUCAUCGUUCUUCAAGACCAUUUUCUUCCAUAUGCUCAGUGUCUGAGGUUGCCAACCACUUUGC